UUCAAUGAAGAAACUAUAGAGACUGUAUGUAGAGAGAUCUAGAGAGAGAAAGGAGAAAGAGAUCCAUCCAGAUUCCAGCGCCUUCUGUAUACAAAUUAAAACAGCUUCUCGGAAAGGCAAACAGUCCUGCGGGAUAAGAAAAAGAGAAAGCAAACAUGCCGACGGAUUCAUACAAGGAAGCCAUUGCAGGAUUGCAAAAACUUCUCAGUGAGAAAAAGGAACUUGAGUUCGUCGCCGCCUCAAAGAUCAAGCAAUUGACGGCAGAUCUGGCGGCGGCCGCCGGAAAAGAAGAAUUCGAUCCGGUGGAGAGGCUGAAGAGCGGAUUUGGCCGCUUCAAAACACAGAAAUUCGAAAAGAAUCCUGAUUUGUUUGGAGAACUAGCCAACGGCCAAAGUCCCAAGUUCUUGGUGUUCGCAUGCUCUGAUUCCCGAGUUUGCCCAUCACAUGUUCUUGAUUUUCAACCUGGGGAUGCUUUUGUGGUCCGAAACAUUGCUAAUAUGGUCCCUCCUUAUGAUCAGAAAUUGUACUCGGGUGUGGGAGCAGCCAUUGAAUAUGCAGUACUGCAUCUCAAGGUGGAGAAUAUCGUGGUCAUUGGACACAGUUGUUGUGGAGGUAUUAAGGGUCUGAUGUCUAUCCCGGAUGAUGGGUCCACUAAUAGCGAUUUCAUCGAGAACUGGGUGAAAAUAUGUUUGCCAGCCAAAGCAAGAGUGAAAGCUGAGUAUGAUGGUAUAGAUUUUGCUGAACAAUGCACUAACUGUGAGAAGGAAGCUGUAAAUGUAUCACUUGGGAACCUAUUAACAUACCCAUUUGUGAGGGAUGGAGUUAUAAAGAAGACACUAUCCAUCAAGGGAGCACAUUAUGACUUCAUCAAGUGUUCAUUUGAGACAUGGAAUCUCGACUUUGGCAUUUCUACUUCUCAGCGCUUUUGACAAGUCGAUUAAAUCAAUUUCAACCGUGUUGCCUAAAGCCAAGUUUAUAUGUCUUGUGUUGUUUGUAAAUGCCAUUAUCUUCUUAUAUUAAUUAUUAUAGAAGAAAUAAAUCAGAAGCUGGAUGGCUUCUUAAUUUAUAGACCUUAUUAUGUAAGUUUUGCAAUACUUCUAUUUAAUUAGAAAGGUGUUCUGCAGCCUUUGUAAUCCAGGCAUAACAAUUUGCAAUAAAUCAGAUUGCCUUUUUUGU